AUGGAAGAAAAAGGCCAGUCAAAAACUAAGCGAGUAAUGGAGUCUCCUUACGACAUUGAAUUGGAAUCGCUGGACGAAGAGAAGAGUACCUCGGUGUUGAAGUCCUUGUUGGGGGUUAUUAACACAGACCAGUCGCUCAAGUCAUUCACAUUCAACCACAACAAAAUUGUAGACCACCUGGAACGUGACGCACUACAGGCUGUAAUAGUUAUCCGGACUACGCAGUAUGAACAAUUUUAUAAGCAUGUCCCCCUCAUAGCCGCUUUGCACAAAAUUGACGUCGUUUUGAUUGAGCAGCACUAUGUGAACACAGUGGAGUUUGUCAAAUUGCCGAAAACGGGCCUCAUCGGAAUCCUGCCGCUGCAGGCGGAAGUUCAGUCACUUCCGGGUCUUCCCGAGAAAUUGCAGAGCUUAGUGGCGACCGUGCACGCCUACCACUUGGAGAUAACCCCCCCGUACUUGUUUGGCCACCCGAACUACAUCAACACGAGGUUUAAAGUGGAAGAGGUAAAGGGAAAGCCCUAUGCGAAGCAUCUGUCGCGGAAGGAGAGAAAGGCCUUACGGAAGGCCAUACGGAAGAGCAACAUAUGA